AUGGAGACUCGAAAGACCGACACUCUACCACUACUGAAAUUAAAUACUCGUAUUUUGAACUUACGUUCAGUGGGUUCAGGAAAACUGUGUGACAUCGAUAUAGACGUGUCGUCAUCUCUAGCCACAUCAUCAGUGCAAAUUACUUUCCAAAUAGUUGCUCCACUUGUCAUUUCACCUACAGUUAUUCAUAUAAAAGACUUGACCGAUAGUAUAACGGUCCGAGUGAUGGYUCACAGAGAAAACGACGAUACAGAGUCUGUAGUGUCGUCGAUGGAAUGCACUGUUUGCGCAUACUAUUCUGGGACAUCGGACGUACCGGGCUCGGUGCAGCAGAUUGUCCGGUUGCCAUUGACGUUGGCGUACGAAGUCCAUUCGACRCCGUACUUAGAUUUUAGUUGGUCGGCAAAAAUAUCCGUCGACGAGAGUCCAGUAGCACUAAAAACACUGUUCAAAGAGUUUACCGAUUCAUCGUCAUCUGAAUUGUGUUUCCAAAUAAUCAGUGGUAACUCAAAGUAUGUCUGUGUUACUGCAUUACCCGCCAAUCGUUCUUACGAAAUACGAUCAUCUGGYCCCGAAUACACUAAUGUAAUUCUCGAAGAAAUUUUGUUCAGGCAUAGAGAAUAUUACAAAACUAAGAAAUGCGUAGUGCGCUGUGAUAAGAAUGAAAUUCCCAUUGCAGAUUUAUAUCGGACGAUUGAGGAACAUGUAGAACUCAAAGGAAGACUCGAUAUUAUACAGGCAAAUUAUAUAAUAAUAUUAUCUGACAUUCACUAA